CGCCUCUCUGUGUAUGCUGAAUUCCCCGCCUCCCCACUUUUCAACGAGCGCACCGCUAUUUUUAGCACUGCCACGGAUUAAUGUAAAGUGGCGCAGAGACCGUGAACCGGACUGUCCACAAGCAUUGUAGGACCUCGCUCGGUAUCGGUGCAUUCGGCGAGUUACUUGUCACGGAAACAACUUGGCACGGAUUCGGAAAUCGAGUGGGGGGAAUGAUGACAAACCCCAUGUACCCGUUUCUGGCUUUCUUUUCCUAAAGAAGCAUUUUCAAGGAUGCUGCUUUCGAAGCGGAUCGAACGACAACCCCGGCCCUCGCUCCUGCCCGUGGUUCUCCUAUGUUUCAUUCUCGCCACUGUCAGUACCAGCAUGCCAGCUGGGGGUAAGUGCCCGUACCACAUAGACUGUGCCCGUGAGGGGCGGCACUUCUGCAAACCUGGCACCUCCUUCUGCGGCCCCUGCCUCACCCCAUUGGAAGAGAACGAGGAAGGACAGUGUGUAGCAAGGAAGAGGCGCCAUCACCAUGGUCAAGUGACAGCCUUCUCUGAUCUAGAUGAAGAGAUUGACUUCCUUCACUCAGUCAUUGCCAAACAGGAAGUGUCAGAGGUCAAACAAUCAAAACAAUCAGACACCCCCUCCAAGGCAGUUCCUAUGACUCAGGCAAAGUUUCCCAGACAGAGAGGCAAGGCCCAACCUUCUGCGGAGCAGCCCACUACCGCAGCACCCUCUACCCGGACCCCGCAGUCUGCCACUGGGGCUCUGGAGAGGGUGGGACCGGGGGGACCUGGAGGCCCCAUAGCCAUCCCAUACCCCUCCAAGGACAGCCUCCUUGUCAUUAUGAUCUCUGUGUGUAUCAUCUUUGGCACUGUGGCCCUGAUCUUGGCUACAGUUUGCUGGGUAAGGUUGCAGAAGGAAUCACGUCUGGCCCAGAAGGUAGAUUACCCUGCAUUUGGAAGCAAUGGAAAUGGAACAGCCAACAGGACUUCAUCGGGGGAUAAGAAGUUGGCCCAGAGUGCUCAGAUGUACCACUACCAGCAUCAGAAACAGCAGAUGCUCUCCAUGGAAAAACAUAAAUCGGAGACGAAAGUCACUGACUCAGAAGUCACAUCAGAUGAGGAAGAAGUGGGCGGAGACUUCACUGUGUACGAGUGCCCUGGCCUUGCACCGACUGGAGAGAUGGAAGUGAAGAAUCCUUUGUUUGACGACUCUACCCUACACUACCAAGGGAAUCCCAAGGGAAUCCCAUAGGCUUUAAUGCAUGCUGGAACACGCAGACACCACACACACAGAAACAUACACCCAAUUAAAACACAAUACAAACCUACACACACACACGCAAUUUCUUUACUCUGGAAAAGAGAAGCUUAACUCUCCAAUCAGGUUGCUCUCUCAAAACUGGACAGGCUUAUACAGAUGUUGGAUCUUAAUUUGAUGCAUUUUGUUGCAGAAGGAAAAUGAUCUGCAGCAGGAGGAAUUGAAUGUCUAUUUAAUAUUGAGAAUCAAUACCAGGGGGCAGCUGGAAGCAGUGUUUUGUAGGCUAUACAAUAAUUUAGACUGUAGGUCCACUGACUAAUUGUUGUAUUAUAUGUUCAAGGCAAACAAUAAGCAAAAUAAAUUGGUGGUUAUCACAGA